AUGGCAGCGACUGCAGGCCCCAUCUACACCACCUCCAACGGUCGUCCAGUCACCUUUGCCACUGCCUCCCAGACAGUCGGCCCCCAUGGACCCAUCCUACUGCAAGACUUCCACCUCAUUGACCUCCUCGCACACUUCGAUAGAGAACGUAUUCCCGAGCGUGUAGUCCACGCGAAAGGUGCAGGUGCAUUCGGGGAAUUUGUGGUCACUCAUGACAUUACCGAUCUGACGUCUGCCGAUCUAUUCAGUCACGUAGGCAAGAAGACGAACGUCGCUGUCCGCAUUUCCACGGUUGGUGGUGAGAAAGGCUCCUCGGACUCGGCGCGUGAUCCUCGAGGCUUCGCAAUCAAAUUCUACACAGAAGAGGGCAACUGGGACUUAGUCGGCAACCACACUCCCAUCUUCUUCAUCCGCGACGGCGUCAAAUUCCCCACCUUUAUCCAUACCCAGAAGCGGAACCCUCGCAACAAUCUGAAAGAUGCGACCAUGUUUUGGGACUUCUUGUCCAGCAACCAAGAGUCCGCUCACCAGGUGGUUCAGCUGUUCAGCGAUCGGGGUACACCUCGGACGUUCCGGAAUUGCGAUACCUUCUCGGGCCACACCUUCAAAUUCACCACGAACGACGGCACGUUCAAGUACGUCAAGUUCCACGUCAAAUCGGGCCAAGGCCAUGCCGACAUGACGAACGAAGAGGCAGUGGCACUCAGCGCUAGCAAUCCCGACUAUUCCACAGAGGACCUAUUCGACGCCAUCGAACGGGGCGAGUUCCCGACAUGGACACUAUAUGUCCAAGUGCUGGAUCCCAAGGACGCCGAAAAGUUCAGGUGGAACAUCCUUGACGUUACAAAGGUCUGGCCUCAUUCGGAAGUCCCUCUCCGCCCUGUCGGCAAGAUGACCUUGAACCGCAACCCAGAGAACUUCUUCGCCGAAGUUGAACAGCUGGCAUUCUCCCCGGCGCAUCUGGUCCCCGGGAUUGAACCCUCGGCCGACCCAAUGCUCCAAGCGCGCCUGUUCUCCUACUCGGACAGUCACCGCCACCGGCUGGGCGUGAACUACCAACAAAUCCCGGUGAAUCGCCCUCUGCAUGCCUACGCUCCGUUCCAGCGUGAUGGCCCCAUGGCGGUCGCGUACAAGAACUACGGCGCCAACCCGAACUACCCCUCCCCUCUGAAGCCCAACACCUAUUUACCCGUGGAUCGGCCCAUUGACGCCGCCCAUGAAACCUGGAUCUGCCAAGCUGUCCACAACCUGCAGCCCGUCACGGACGAGGACUUUGUGCAACCAAACAUGCUGUGGGAAGUACUGGGCAGGACGGAGGGCCAGCAGGAGCACUUGGUGCACAACAUCAGUGUGCACCUCUUCGCAGCCGUCAAGGAGGUGCGGGAGCGCACGUACGGCAUGUUCGACCGCGUGAACAAGAAUCUUGGUGCGAGGGUGCGCAGCGAGACGGAGAGAGUGAGGGCGGAGAAGGGGUUGAGUCCAGAAGAGUAA